UUCCUCCAUGGAAUGUGUAUUCUAGGACGGAGGCAUCCGGGGCUAUCUCCCAGAUGUCGAGGAACCACUCUUCCUCCUGGAGGGGCAUACGGAGACCAUCACCAGUCUCUUCGCAACCAAGUUUGGGACGCUUAUCUCAGGUUCCUGGGAUAAAACAGCCAGGGUUUGGUUCAACAGGAAGUGUACAAUGACAUUAACAGGUCAUGAUAUGGCAGUAUGGUGUGUAGGAUCUCUACCUGGAGUAGGGAUCAUGAUAACAGGAAGUGCUGACCGAACUCUCAGGAUUUGGAAAACUGGGAAGUGCCAAGGGAUACUGAAGGGGCAUACUGAUGCAGUGCGUGGAAUCUGCAUCAUAUCUCCUGAUGCAUUUCUCUCCUGUUCUAAUGAUGCAACUAUCAGAAGGUGGAGUGUGGCAGGGGAGUGUACUGGAACCUACUAUGGACAUGAGAACUAUAUCUACAGUAUCAGUUUAAUUAACUGUACUAUAUAGGGGAGUGUACUGGAA